CGUCAUCAUUUCACCCUGGGCGUUGUAAGAGUCCGUCGGGUGAGGUCUAGCGGUCCUCUCUCUAUGGGCACACAGGAUACUGACCCUCGUGUCCCGUCUCAUCAAAAACGUAGCCGACAAAAACCGGGCGUCUUUCCUCAUGUUCCCCUCUAUCAUGGUAUCAAACCUCGCGUCAGUCCCCCCUUUUCAAUUCUUUUUUUUUCCCCGUUGCUUUCCGCGUGUGCGUCGACAAACCCGACCCCGAGUUUUUUUUUCCCGAAAUGAUCAAAAAUCCAACGUAGGUUAUCCGCAUCGUAGGAUGUGUGAUCUAUGUCGUGUGUGUGCAGAAUGGACUGAUCAUGAUGCGCCCAUCCGAACAAGAGAGAAGGAAAAGAGAGGCCGAAUAAAUGAAACAGAAUGCAAAGAGCCGCGCGCGUCAGAGCCCGUAAACCCAACCGACUCCGAAUGUACAGAAGAAGGGGGGGGGGGUUCCGAACAGCGGUGCCAGACGCGUGGCGUAGAAUGGUGUGCGACCAGGCUCCCCGCGUUGGAUUGGACACCGCGAAGGUUUCGAAAUGCACCCGGGACCAGUGAAGGGAACGAGGAAACUGUUCGUCGUCGCGACAGUGCCAUCAGGCACGCAAUGCGAAAACGCAACGUAACCACACCCGCGACUGCACCCGAGGUAGUGUCCAGGGACCCUUCCCCGCAUCAAAUAAGAGAUGCUCGAAUUGCCUGCUCCCGGCUCCAACCACCUAGUGCUGCCACGUAGUACGAGUUCCGGCUAAAUGGAAAUUAAAUCGAGCCGCAAGCACCUCCGUUACACCGUUC